CGCGGAGCCCGUGGCCGCGCCUGCUCGCUCCGGGCGCUGGUCGCUCCCGGCGGCCAUGGGGGAAGCCGAGGUGGGCGGCGGGGGCGCCCCGGGCGACAAGGGCCCCGGGGAGGCGGCCACCAGCCCGGCCGAGGAGACGGUGGUGUGGAGCCCCGAAGUGGAGGUGUGCCUCUUCCACGCCAUGCUGGGCCACAAGCCCGUCGGGGUAAACCGACACUUCCACAUGAUCUGUAUCCGGGACAAGUUCAGCCAGAAUAUUGGGCGGCAAGUCCCAUCCAAGGUCAUCUGGGACCAUCUGAGUACCAUGUACGACAUGCAGGCACUGGGAAUUUACUUGAGAUUGGGCAGUCAGCGCAAGUUUCCAGGGACUAACUGGGGACCUGAGAAGCAGGGGCUUUCCCCACAGGGUGCCAAGGCAUGGGCCCCUUGCUGUUGUCAGUCUCUGGGAGUCCCAAAAGUGCUUAAGCAUGAGUCGGAGAUUCUUCCAUUCCCGAAUCCAGAGAGGAACUUUGUCCUUCCAGAAGAGAUCAUUCAAGAAGUCCGAGAAGGAAAAGUGGUCAUUGAAGAGGAGAUGAAGGAGGAGAUGAAGGAGGACGUGGACCCCCACAGUGGGGCCGACGACGUUUUUUCAUCUUCAGGGAGCUUGGGGAAGUCAACAGAAAAAUCCAGCAAAGACAAAGAGAAGAGCUCCUCAGACUUGGGGUGUAAAGACGGGGCGGACAAGCGGAAGCGCAGCCGGGUCACUGACAAAGUCCUGACCGCUAACAGUAACCCCUCCAGCCCCAGCGCUGCCAAGCGGCGCCGAACAUAGACACCACAGCCUGGCAGCAGAGUCGUCCAAGCUGCAAGCCCUACCGCCUGCCCUCAGGUCCCUGGGCAAACAUGGCCAUCUACAGGAAGCUGUCUAGGCUCCCGCCAUGUUGUCAGAUCGUCAGGGUCCCUGGGGGACCCAAAAGACCAGGACCAACCCUCUUGGACGUUGAGCCGCCAAGUCCACGUCUGUCUUCUCUGGGCUCAGCUCCUCCCUUGCCAGGUCGCAGGGAGGAGAGCAAGGGCAGGGGCCAGGAGAAGGCUGCGAAUCAGCAAGCAAUAAAACAGCCCCCACUCCGUCCUCAGAAAGACCAUAGUGCUAGCCUUCCCUGGGGACUCGCUCUGCAUUUGCUUGUCCUUCUAAACCUCCCUGCUGUCCCAUGGAGGCAUCAGGAGCAUGUGGCCCAGGUCACCACGUGCCCCACUCCCUACCUGGGAGACUAAGAACUGGAUGUUUUUCUCAUUCACUUGUACUGUAACGAUGUAUAUAAUUUGGUUGGUAUUUCACUAUUUAAUUUUUAAGAAGCCUAUUUUACUAGCAUUUUAUAUGAGAAAGAAUACUGCAGAAGUUAAACCUGUGUUGUAUUUUUUCUGAGAUGUUUUGUUUUUAGGUAAUAACUACUGAGAUACUUUUUGCUCAGUUUUUAUAUUCCAGAUACAGAGAAUUUAUAGUGGUUAUUUUUGUAAUUCUAGUAACUUGCAAAAAGACCAAAUGAGGAAGUUGAGGGGAAGACGCAACCUUUGGGCUGGUGAGGCAGUGGCCUCAGUAUUGGUUGAAGUAUGCUUUCAUUGGACUACAGAACAUUAAAGCACAAAAAAUAA